CACAAGCCAGUGUCUGGUUCUCGUUCCCUUUCUCCACCGGUCUCUUUUGCGAUGCCCUUCUCUCCCUUUCUCAGAUUGGAAAUGGCGGCAUCGCUUGCUCGACUCUCGCGACGAACCCUUGCCUGUCCACGCCUCCUCCUCUCCCCCCGCCGUUUCCUCUCCACUGAGACCGCACCGUCGCCGGAUGUUUCGCCUUCGGCGGCGCCUCCACCGCCUGCUGCGUCGGAUCGCGUGAAGUGGGACUACCGUGGCCAGCGCCGGAUCAUCCCCUUGGGGCAGUGGCUGCCUAAGAUUGCUGUCGACGCUUACGUCGCCCCCAACGUCGUUCUUGCCGGGCAGGUCACUGUUUGGGAUGGCGCCUCUGUUUGGAACGGUUCUGUCCUCCGCGGAGACCUGAACAAGAUAUCGGUCGGAUUCUGCUCCAACGUUCAGGAACGGUGCGUCGUCCAUGCUGCCUGGAAUAUUCCCACAGGACUCCCAGCCGAAACAUCAAUUGAGCGGUAUGUAACAAUUGGAGCUUACAGUCUCCUUCGUUCAUGCACAAUUGAGCCAGAAUGUAUAAUCGGUCAGCACUCCGUUCUCAUGGAAGGUUCAUUGGUGGAGACCAAUUCAAUUCUUGAAGCUGGGUCUGUCCUCCCCCCUAACCGUAGGAUUCCAACUGGUGAACUUUGGGCAGGCAAUCCAGCUCGUUUUGUUCGAAAAUUAACCCAUGAAGAAAUAGUUGAGAUUCCAAAACUAGCAGUGGCAGUUAAUGAUCUCAUGCAGAGCCACUUCUCGGAGUUCCUUCCAUAUUCCACAGCCUAUUUGGAAGUAGAGAAGUUGAAGAAGACCCUGAACAUUUCCCUUUGAAAGAGUAGUUCUAGUUGUAGUUGAAGAAAUAAGCUUUUUGGCAGUACUUUUAUCUGUUUGUCAUCUAAGAGCCAAAUAUAUAACAACAAAUGAAUGUCUCCUAUGAAAUUUACCCUUUCCUUCUACCAUUUGUUUUGGUGGCGCUUUAGCCAUUCCACCACUGGUAUGGUAUACCAUGCUUUAUUUUUCUGAACAAGUGAAAUUAUUUUCUAAAAAACUUGUAAUGAUGGUUAACUGUCUGGCUCUUCUGAUUAUUACGAACUGCACUCUAAAUGUUUGUUCGUUUCAUAA